GUCAAGUUUGUGUUUACAUGGGCGGAGGCACUUUCGUCCUUCGAAAAAUUAAAAAAUCUGUUGAAUUAGGAUCUGGACUAAUUAAGAACAAAUUCCGAGCACUUACCGAAUUGGAUUAAUCCGUACGAAACUAAGAAAAAAACACAAAAAUUACUCAUCUUCUCGUCCGGUAAACGAUAAAGAAAACUGGUGAAUAUCCAAAUAAAAAUUAACAAUUUAGGAAGACUCAGAAGUUCGCACCAAACAUGUAAAUAAACCAGUCAUGUUAACGAAGCAGCAGUUUUACUAGUUGAUGGAAAGAAGAAGAGCCGAAACAAGAUGUCCCAAGCAGGCGGUGAUUUCGUAUUUCCCAACGAAGAAACGACCGAAGGCGAACCGUCCGGGUUGCUGGAUCAUUCCAACAAAAAGAAAUUCUCGUCCGGCUCGCUUUCGGGCGACGUCGCCAGACCCAAAGUGGUCACCGUGAAACAUCCCGAAUCGAACAAACUCAAACCCACCGCGAAAAAGAACAAACAGCCCAUCCCGGCCGACUUGGAUGUCUCCAAAGAGUUCGUCAAAUGCAGAGAGGAGGGCAUCCAGCGACUAGAUUUGAGCAAAUCGAACAUCACCCAGCUUCCUUCGACCGUUCGGGACUUGCACCAUCUAUCGGAAUUGUACCUCUACGGGAACAAAUUGGUGCAAUUACCAGCUGAGAUCGGCUGUUUGACGAACCUAGGGACGUUAGCUCUGAGCGAGAACUCUCUAACCAGCCUACCCGACUCUCUAGUCAACCUGAAAUCUCUGCGAGUGUUGGAUUUGAGACACAACAAAUUGAGCGAUAUACCCGAAGUGGUCUACAAACUGACCUCUUUGACGACGCUGUUUCUGCGAUUCAACCGGAUCCGGUACGUGGGCGACGAGAUAAAGCAUCUGACGGCUCUAACCAUGUUGAGUUUGAGGGAGAACAAAAUUAGAGAAUUGCCGCCGGGCAUCGGGAAAUUGGUCAAUUUGUUGACGUUCGACGUGUCGCACAAUCAUUUGGAACAUUUGCCGGAGGAAAUCGGCCAGUGCGUGGACUUGUCCACGUUGGAUUUGCAGCACAACGAGCUGUUGGACAUUCCCGAUUCUAUCGGGCAAUUGAUGCAACUGACUAGAUUAGGAUUGAGGUACAACAGGCUAACGCAAAUACCGAAUUCAUUGAGCAAUUGCAGCCAAAUGGACGAAUUCAACGUGGAAGGCAACGCCAUAUCGCAAUUACCCGAAGGAUUAUUAUCGAGUUUAAGCGAAUUGACCAGCAUCACGUUAUCCAGGAACAAUUUCUCCGCGUUCCCAUCCGGAGGUCCAUCGCAAUUCGUCAACGUAGAUUCGGUGAAUCUGGAACACAAUCAAAUCGACAAAAUCCCCUACGGGAUAUUCUCCAGGGCCAAGCACCUGACGAAGCUGAACAUGAAGGAGAACCAAUUGACCUCUCUACCGCUAGAUGUCGGCACGUGGACGAACAUGGUGGAAUUGAAUUUAGGCACGAACCAAUUGAGCAAAUUACCCGACGACAUACAAUGCUUGCAAAGCCUCGAGGUGCUCGUGUUGUCCAACAAUCUGUUGCGAAAACUCCCGCAGAGCGUGGGCAACCUGCGGAAGCUGCGGGUGCUCGAUUUGGAGGAGAACCGGCUGGAGCAGCUGCCGCAGGAGAUCGGCUAUCUCAAAGACCUGCAGAAGCUCAUCGUGCAAUCGAAUCAAUUGACUUCGUUGCCGAGGGCGAUCGGCCAUUUGACGAAUUUGGUGUUUCUGAGCGCAGGCGAGAACAAUUUGGCUUUCCUGCCGGAGGAGAUCGGCACGUUGGAGAAUCUGGAAUCGCUCUAUAUCAACGACAACGCGACGUUGCACAAUCUGCCGUUCGAGCUGGCGCUUUGCUCGAAUUUGGGCAUUAUGAGCAUCGAGAAUUGCCCUCUGUCGCAGAUUCCGGGGGAGAUCGUGGCCGGGGGGCCUUCGUUGGUCAUACAGUAUUUGAAAAUGCAGGGACCCUACAGGGCUAUGUGAUAGAUCCGAUGAGGAAGCGUUGCCAAAUUUCCGGUUUUGUCCGGAGAAUUGUCGGGAUGAUUUUUAUGACGUUUUUCCGAAGAGGUGUUGAUUUUCUAAAAAUCGAUGAAAUUGACAAAUAAUUGUAAGAUAAAAAAAACGCUGUUUUAAAUAGAUGUUACGACGUAUUAAGAUGUUUUGAGAAUAUUGUAUUAAUUUUUUUUUGUAUAAUUUAAUUUUGACGAUGUUUCGUACAAAACAAAAUGUGUUUAUGUUUAUAUAGUUGUUGCAUGAAAGAAAAAAAACCUGUUAGUUAAUUCGCUAAAAGUGCUAAUAAAAUAUUUUGAGCCUUUAGAAAUGAU